CAACAUUCAAAAAAGGAAACGAAGCUUAAACAAAAAGAUUGUAUGGGAGAGAAAAGAAGGCCCCAAUUCUUCUUAUAUAUUCCCCCAAACAUGCCACUCUCUCUUCCCCAACUAGCUGCGAGUAGACAACAAAACAACAUGAAAACCUCCCUUUUUUUCUUGUACUUAUUAUCUCUCUCAUAUUUCAGUGUGGUGCUAGUAUUUGGUACAGGCAGAAGCGAGGGUAAGGAGAACCCAUUUACAGCCAAAGCCUCGUUGAUUCGUUACUGGAACAAUCACAUUUCCAACAAUCUUCCCAAGCCACCAUUUCUGAUCUCCAAAGCUUCCCCACUAAACGCCAUCGACUUGGCCAAGCUCACUCAACUCGCCAAUCAUAACUCUCUGUCUUCCCACAUUGAAUCUUUUUGUUCCUUAGCCAAUCUUUUCUGCUCAUUCCAGGAGGACUCCUCGAAACUAGACGCAGUUGUCAAGGGUAAAGGGGAUGCAAACUUCGCAGUGUAUUCCAGUAAAAACUUUAAAGGUUAUGGCUCGUUAAGACGCGGAGGGAUCGACUCCUUCAAGAACUACUCCGAUGGGUUAAAUACUCCCAAUGAGUCUUUUAAGAAAUACAGCAGGGGAUCCAAUGCCCAUAGUGAAGACUUCACAAGCUAUGCCAAAGAUGCCAACGUCGCUAUUGAUAACUUCACCAACUAUGGCUCCAGCACCACGGGCGGCUCUGGUGGGUUCAACAACUAUCAGGAACGAGUUAACGUGCCAAACCUCCGGUUCACCAGCUACGACUCCGAUGGUAACAAGCAUAAACUCUCUUUCUCAAGCUAUAGCUCUGAGACAAACUCAGGGUCCGAGGCAUUCACCAAUUAUGGGAAGAAGGGCAAGGCAGUUCCAGCUGAGUUCACAAGCUAUAGUUCUAAUGCUAACACCAUCGAGUCGAGUUUUGCAGGGUAUGGGGUGUUAGGGAACUCAGCAAACGACUCGUUUAAAGCCUAUGGCGACUCAGGUAACAAUCCCCGUAAUAACUUUAAAAUCUAUGGUUUAGCUUCUAAUUUGGGGAUUGACAGCUUUACUAGCUACCGAGAUUCAGCCAAUGUUGGAGCUGAUUCUUUUCAGUCUUACGCAAGGGAUGCAAAUUUCGGAAAAGUUAAUUUUGUAAAUUAUGGGAAAACAUUUAAUGUUGGGAACUCUACAUUCAAAGAAUAUGGUAAAGGAUCCACUGGUUCCACCACAAUAGGGUUCAAAAUGUAUGAUUUGGCCCGUUCAUUCCUGGAUUAUGCCAAAAAGGGCGUCACGUUUGCUGGAUACACAAACUCAAGCUCUAAAGAAACUUCAGUGAAUAGAUGGGUUGAGCCAGGCAAAUUUUUUAGGGAGUCGGUUUUGAAGCAAGGGAAUGUCAUGGUGAUGCCCGACAUAAGGGAUAAGAUGCCUCGAAGGUCAUUUUUACCCCGGGGGAUUUUGAGUAAAUUACCAUUUUCAACCUCCCACUUAUCUGAGCUUAGGAACAUUUUUGGUGCAAGCAUGGAGGGCAUGCUUGAGAACGCACUGACGGAAUGCGAGAGGCCAGCGAGCCGAGGUGAGACUAAGCGGUGCGUUGGGUCUGUGGAAGACAUGAUUGACUUCGCCACAUCGGUGUUAGGCCACAGUGUUACGGUGAGAACAACAGAAAAUGUGAAGGGAUCAAAGCAAGAGAUCAUGAUCGGUGAAGUCAAAGGAAUCAACGGUGGGGAGGUGACAAAAUCGGUGUCAUGCCAUCAGAGUUUGUACCCCUACCUACUCUAUUAUUGUCACUCAGUGCCGAAGGUUAGGGUUUAUGAAGCUGAAAUUCUUGAUGUUACAAGCAAAUCCAAGAUUAAUUAUGGGGUUGCCAUUUGUCAUCUUGACACAUCAGCUUGGAGUCCCACUCAUGGUGCCUUUCUAGCCCUUCGAUCCAGCCCUGGACAAAUUGAAGUCUGCCAUUGGAUCUUUGAGAAUGACAUGACUUGGACAAUUGUGGAUUGAAUUACUGAACUUUUUUUUUUCCUUAAAAAAAAGAAAGCUAAUUUUGGUCCUACUUAUUUAUUUCUGUAUCUCGUAUGAACAAUGGGUUUCAAUUGUUUUGUUUUAUUAUAUUAUAAUUUUAUCAUGAACUUUAUGGGGGUUGGUUUUUUUCUA